AUGGCGGUGCCUGAGGAGGUAACACGUACUGGAAUGGGCGGUGGAUUGUUUGAGGAGGUUUUUGUGUAUCAUGUAUUAGUUUUCGAAUCUUUUCAUCUCUCCCUAGCUUCUGCACCAUAUACAGCUCCCAGUUUGAAUCGCAGAAGGUCUACUCAUAGAUUUGCUCGAGUAUCUGUCAACACGUCACCUUCAUUCUCUCCAUUAUCAUAUAUAGUCCAUUAA